UCCUCAUCCCCUCCAUCAAUCCUGAAUCCCUGACCCCGUCGUCGUAGACCUCCUGCUCCCCAACGGCUACUGUGCCAUUACCCGCUCAGGCCGAGCCCAAUCCGAUGGCGACGACGCCGGCGCGGCAGUCGCAGGGCGGCGGCGAGGCGGUGUCGGUGCAGCACGUGGCCAAGGCCUCCUCCGACGAGCUGCUCCGCAAGUUCGCCGACCCGGACGACGACUCCAAGCAGAGGCAGCUGACCCCCCCUCGCCGCAGCCUCGCGCUGCGCCGCAAGCGCUCGUCCCGGCGCGUCGCGUCGGGGCUCUCCGCGAGGGACUCCGGCACGGCGGGCGCUGCGUCCGGGGCGGAGCUGGCCGCGCCCAAGCGCCGGCGCAGCAUCGGCGGGUCCACGGACUGGAGGGCCGGGCUGCUGCUGCCCACCACCACGGCCUCCUCCUCCUCCGCGCGGAAGGGCACGGCCAGCCACGCGCGCCGGGGCGCGCGGCUCGACGACGCCGGCGUCGCGCACUUCCUCGCCGCGCUGGAGCGGACGUGGAAGAAGACGGUGGCGGGCGCGUCCAGGAUGUUCGUGGAGAGGCACCGGAGCAGCCACGUGCAGCUCAUCAGCGACAUGGUCUGACCGAUCACCCAAAGCCCAAGCUCUCCGCUGCCCAUCAUCUUCUGAUGGGGAUGGAGCUAAUCUGCGACAGUUUCUGCACGCGAAUUGAACCCAGUUCGCUAUAUAUGUUUGAUUGGUUGGUUUUAAUAGGAUUUACAGCAGAAUAAAAAUGGCAGAGAAGCACGGGGCGGCUAAUCGAACCAGCUACCGGGUAGAGUUCAGCCUCUUUCUCUGCCGUUCGCCAGUGUGUUUGCUUAUGUUCAUUUCUUUGUCGCCACCACUACAUACAUUGUAAAUUCAAGUUUGCAAAUUCCGUACCACACAGCUAUAUAUGCUACUACUAAUUGUAUCUCCA